UCAUAAAUCAUUCAACGGUAGUUUUCGUUACUUGUGUGACCACAAAUUACAAUUUAAUUUCAUUAAAGUUUAUAUUCUAUACACAGCUUCAAAAUGACAACAAAGUUGAUCGCAUUCGCCGCGCUGGUCGCCGGUCACAUGAUGGUGUUCGCCUAUCCGCCCGAGUACAGCAGCUACAACGCACACGACCAAUACGCGCACGCGCCCGCCCCGUACAGCUUCGAGUACGGCGUGCACGACCCGCACACGCACGACGUGAAGAGCCAACACGAGUCGAGCGACGGACACGGCAACGUGAAGGGAUCGUACAGCCUGUUGGAAGCCGACGGGUCUACCCGCGUGGUCGAGUACACCGCGGACGACGUGCACGGGUUCAACGCGGUCGUCAAGAAAGUCGGUUCGCCCAACUACCACGGUCAGCCAUCGUCCGCCGACUACUAUCACGGUCACCAGAACGUCUACCCGUCCGGCUACCACCACUACUAGACCCGUUGGAAACGCGUGGGACAGCUUUCGUUUUGUUUAUUUUUUGUAAAUCGGAGAAAAAAGAAAA